AUGGUCUCUGCUGAUUCAGAAGACCACAAAGGCAGCGUCGCCAUCAUAGGAUGCGGCAUCAUGGGUACCGGCAUUGCUCAGGUGUGCCUGGCAUCCGGCUAUAGAGUUCAUCUCUAUGGCAGAAGUAGCGAUUCGUGUGUUAAGGCUAAAGACCAGUUGAGGAAAAACCUUGUCAAGAGCGCAACCAAGAAACGAGGAGAAGAUGCUAAUACGAUGGAUAUCCAAAAAGCAGUCGAUACCCAAAUGGCCCAUCUAGACCUCUGCUCCGACAUUCGUUCGGCGGUUACCGCUGCCGAUUAUGUGAUUGAAGCUGUAGUCGAGAAGAAAUCCGUCAAGGACGAUGUCUUCGCUGAAGCACAGCGCUACUGUCCAUCGCAUGCGAUUCUUAUCACGAACACAUCUUCAAUUAAAUUAUCUGAUAUGCUCUCAAGCAUUCAAGAACAUUCUCGUUUCGCUGGAUUGCAUUUCUUCAACCCUGUGCCUCUGAUGAAACUAGUAGAAGUGGUCAGCACUCCUGAAACUUCUGAGGAGACACAAGCUAGGCUAAUGCAAUUCUGUCAAUCUUUGGGGAAGCGACCUGUUUCUUGCAAGGACACUCCCGGUUUUAUUGUGAAUCGUCUACUUGUGCCUUAUCUACUCGAUAGUAUACGGAUGUUAGAACGAGGAGACGCAACUAAGGAAGACAUCGAUGCAGCAAUGUGUUAUGGCACUUCAUGUCCAAUGGGUCCCCUCACACUUUGCGAUUACGUUGGUCUCGACACGAUCGCUAAUGUCAUGUCAGUUUGGCGCGAAUCUAUGCCUGAGGAUGCGCGAUUCACUCAAAUCCCUCUGCUCGAGAAACUCGUCGCUGAAGGAAAGCUUGGACGAAAGACCAAACAGGGUUUCUAUAAAUAUUGAAUCGUACAUAAUAACUUGUUUAUUGUAUACUCGAUUUACG